UGAUCUAUCAAAAAGUUGCUUUGCUUGAUGGGGUGUAGUUUCUAAUUUUUAUAAAAAUAGAAAUAUUAUAGUAAUUACUAAGUAAACAAAUUUAAAAGUUCAUCAUGGAUGACCAAGGUAGAAAAGUGAUCGUAUGCGACAACGGAACAGGCUUCGUAAAAUGUGGAUAUGCCGGUAGUAACUUCCCGGCGUUCAUCUUCCCGUCCAUGGUGGGGAGACCGAUUAUACGGGCCGAAAAUAAAAUUGGGGACAUCGAUGUGAAGGGUUAUUGUAUACGAGAUUUGAUGGUAGGCGAUGAGGCGUCCCAGUUGCGAUCGAUGCUGGAAGUCAGCUAUCCAAUGGAAAAUGGGGUAGUACGCAACUGGGAAGACAUGUGUCACGUGUGGGAUUACACUUUCGGGCCGAGCAAGAUGAACAUUGACCCAAAAGAUACCAAGAUACUGCUCACCGAGCCGCCGAUGAACCCAACUAGGAAUAGGGAAAAAAUGAUCGAGGUUAUGUUCGAGAAAUAUGGAUUCGACAGUGCGUACAUAGCUAUCCAGGCUGUGCUUACUCUGUAUGCCCAGGGACUUAUAUCUGGAGUCGUAGUUGAUUCGGGUGAUGGAGUAACUCACAUAUGUCCAGUAUACGAAGAGUUUGCUCUGCCCCACCUGACGAGGAGGUUAGAUAUCGCUGGAAGGGAUAUCACGAGAUAUCUUAUUAAGCUGUUACUUCUUAGGGGUUACGCCUUCAACCAUUCGGCGGACUUCGAAACUGUGCGUAUGAUGAAGGAAAAACUGUGUUAUAUCGGUUACAAUGUGGAGCAAGAACAGAGGCUCGCCUGGGAGACUACAGUGCUGGUGGAACCUUAUGUUUUACCAGAUGGAAGGGUUAUCAAAGUAGGGGGGGAGAGGUUCGAGGCUCCAGAAGCUUUGUUCCAGCCCCACCUUAUCAACGUUGAGGGCCAGGGGAUAGCUGAACUGGUGUUUAACACUAUACAGGCUGCAGAUAUAGACAUGCGGAAUGAAUUAUACAAACACAUCGUGCUUUCGGGUGGUUCUACGAUGUACCCCGGCCUGCCUUCCAGACUCGAGAGAGAAAUCAAACAGCUUUACCUGGAAAGAGUUCUGAGAAAUGACUCUGAGAAACUUGCGAAAUUCAAGAUCCGCAUAGAAGACCCCCCUCGCCGCAAGGACAUGGUGUUCAUCGGCGGCGCCGUGCUCGCGGAGGUGUGCAAGAACAGGGAUAACUUCUGGCUCACCCGGGCCGAGUACCAGGAACAGGGAAUAUCCUGCCUCAGAAAACUAGGUCCGCGUGCAAGUUAAUGCUAGCCAGUAUUAUGGUAGAAACACACUGAAAUUACCCAACGCAACACCAGCCCACUCCCGUUCCUGGUCCUUUGACUGAUUUUCCUUCGGGCGUUGAUUAGUGCGCUUCUAGCAAUCACACAAACCGAGGAGUGACGGGUGUUGUUAAAAAUGUGUCUCUACCUCUAUAUUAAAUGUAUAUUGUAAUUUUCAUCUACUUAAGAUUAUUUCCAAUUUAUUAUAAAUUAAUUAAAUAUUAUUGUAUGUUAUCAUUAUUUUAACUUAAUAUUAUAAGAUUUAUUUGAACGAAUUUGGUAAGCCUGAUUUUUGUAUUAAAUGCACAAAAUAAAUAAUAACGUCUCUACUUAAAUGGAUUUAAAUAAGAUUUUAUUGUUCGAUUAAUAAAUUGUUGAGUACUCUACGUUAGUUUUUCGAGUAUUGAAACACUUUUUAGUGUAAAGCAUUAAAAACCGGCCAAGUGCGAUUCGGAUGAAGAAUUCUGUACUAUUUAAUAAAAUUUACGUUUUUUGCCUAAAAAUUAUAUCUCUUUUAUUAAGAGUCCCCUUAAAUAUUUAUUUUAUUCAGUUUUUUUUAGUAUUUGUUGUGAAAAUUUCUACUGAUUGACUCACGGUUCAUGAGAUUCAGCUUGAUAGUGCCUAAUAGGGUCCCGUUUUAACCUUUGGUACGGAUCCCUAAAAUAAAAAAAGAAAUGUAUUUAAAAGUAAGUGUAAUAAGGCAUAAGAGAUUUUCUCUGUAGAUAUUUGUUUUUAUUUUUAGUACAUACUUUACACUAAAAAGUAAAGAAAAUAUUUUCACAUAACAAGACGAGAAUUUCCAAUUAGUUAGGUACCUAGAAAGAAGACUAAACGAUUAAUUUUCUAAGUUACUUGAUACCCUACUAAAGUUAAAGGAAAACCCUAAGUUACGGGUCAAUGCUAGUUAAGGAUAAAAUGAGAAGCAUUCUACAUUGAAUUGUGGAAUCCGUUGCAGGAGAAUUAAAAAUUGUGUAUAAACUUAUAUACAUAAGUAAUCUUUCAAGACUGUAUAAUUUUGCAUUUAAUAUACUUGUUUGUGAAUUUACACAGGACCUAAUUCUCUAUUGAAUUAUAAUCUUAAAAAAACAAUUAGAACCACGAUUUGUGACAAUAAUUAAUGACAGUAGUUUUAAAUAGAGGUGUCACAAAUGUAAAUUUCAUUCCAUAGAGAAUGUAGGAUCUGGACUAUCUAUAGAACAUUUUUUCUUAUCUGUCUUGAUAUGUAAAUCUACUUUUCAUUACAUUUUAGUUGAAAAUAUGUUUCAAUAAUUAAAAAAACGAUUUAUAUUUUUCUUGAUUGACACAAUUGAUUUUUUUAUAUUUUAAAACUUACUUACUUUACACCUAAAAGUCAUGAAAAUAAGGUUUACAUUACAGGAAAAGUGAGAAGAAAUAAUCUAUUUUACAUUGUCGUGUAUAAAAAGACUAUGAACUGUAAAUUUAAUAAAUGCAAUUACGU